GUGGGUGUGUGUGGUUCUGUCCGUGCCAGAAGGUGUGUUUGUGUGGUUCCGUCCGCUCCUGAAGGUGUGCGUUUGUGUGGUUCAGUCUGGUCCUGAAGGUGUGUGGGUGCGUUUGUGUGGUUCAGUCCGCUCCUGAAGGUGUGUGGGUGCGUUUGUGUGGUUCAGUCCGCUCCUGAAGGUGUGUGGGCGUGUGGUUCUGUCUGCAAUUAAUGUUAUAGUGCCAGUUAUGGUACAUCAUCUCAAAGUAGUGUAUAAUGAAUAAAAGGAGAGAUGUGUCUACACAAAUUAAAACUAGAUACAUUUAAAUCUGCAGCAUUAGGGUGAAUUUUUAGGACCAGUUGAAAAAUUGUGGUAAAUAAUACUGAUCUUGUUAGAUUUUCUCUCGCCCCUUCAGGGUUCGGAGUCCCUGUGUGAGAACGUGCAGCAGGCUGUGAGCUGUCAAUCCAGCCUCUUUGGGAGUGAGUAGCUCAUUGAUGCAAGGAUCUCAUCUAGCUGUUUCUUGAAAGGGCUUUGACAACGUGGCUGGCCGGCUUGUUCCCAGCUCCUACAACCCUUUGUGGGAAAGAAGUGCCUCCCGAUCUCAGUUUUAAAUGCACUUCCUUGCAGUUUCAACUUGAUGGCUUCUGGCUUGUGCUUCGCCGUCGAUUGUGUAGAAGCCUGAUUGAGAAGACCUCGAUCACAAACGCUAACGCCAGUGCCCGUGGGUGCGUGUUUGAGUCUGCUCCAUUCUGUGCUUGGUGUUUUGACACGGCUGUGUCUCGGGGCAUCCGCAUGUGUGAAGGCUGUGCUUGUCAGGUCUCAUUCGCAGCAUUUGGACAAUUCGGACAUCUUUAUUCCCAAACGUCACCCACGUCUGGGGGGUGGAAGGUGUCAUUAGGUCAUUUCUAAUUAGCAAAAAAUUUGCUGCCGCGUGCAUCUACUUCGUUGGAAAAGGAGAAAACAGAGCAGGUAGAGCUGCAUCUUCGGGAGGCGUCUACAGUGAAACAAGGGCCCACCCUCCUCGCCCCACAAUCCUCCUCUUCUCUCGCUCGUGGACCGUCACACAGGAAUGCCAGGAAUCAAGAUAGCAGCCCGCGCGGGAGAUGGGGAUCAGCAGCUCGCAGAGCCGAACAGGUCGGACAGGUGGAGCGAGCUGGGCGUGAGCGGCCAGGUGUGGCGAGCAGGGGAGAGACGCACAGAGAUUCUCUCCCGUCCUGCUGCGAGAUAGAGCGACCGAGGCUCUGAGAGCACACAGCCGAACUGCCGCGAGACAGGGACGGGAACUUCAGCCGGCCGCUCGCUGCUACAGCUUCUGGCUGCUGCGUGUGCUGCUGAGCGCCGAGAGACGGAGCCGCGCUCGCCCUCCGGUCAGAGACCAUGGCCGAAGCGGCGAAGAUCGAGCUUUUCAUCAAGGCUAGUGACGACGGGGGGAGUGUGGGAAACUGUCCGUUCUGCCAGCGGCUCUUCAUGAUCCUCUGGCUGAAAGGAAUCAACUUCACACUGACCACGGUGGACAUGAAGAGAGCCCCAGAGGUGCUGAAAGACCUGGCUCCCGGCUCCCAGCCCCCCUUCCUGCUGUAUAACGACGAGGUCCGUACCGACACCAACAAGAUCGAGGAGUUCCUGGAGGAGACGCUUGCCCCACCUCUCUACCCCAAGCUGUGCUGCCGCUACAAGGAGUCCAACAUGGCUGGAGACGACAUCUUCCACAAGUUCUCGGCCUACGUUAAAAACCCCAACCCUGGACUGAACGACCUGCUGGAGAGGAAGUUCCUGAAGAGCCUGAUGAAGUUGGAUCAGUACCUGCUGACACCCCUCCCCCAUGAGCUGGACCAGAACCCAGACAUCCAGACCUCCACAAGGUGCUUCCUCGAUGGCAACGAGCUCACCCUGGCCGACUGCAACCUGCUGCCCAAGCUCAACAUUGUCAAGGUGGUGUGCCGGAAGUACCGCGGCUUCGAGAUGCCGGCGGAGCUGCAGGGCCUGACGCGCUACCUGGAGCACGCCUACCGCCGCGACGAGUUCCGCCACACCUGCCCCAACGACGCCGAGAUCCUGCUGGCGUACCACUCCGUCGCCAAGUACCUGAGCCGGUAGAGGGCCGGACCCGUCCGCCUGGCCCUGCAGGAAGCGCCUCGUCUCCCGCGGCGCGUCCCCGCGCACGGGCCACGGACGGAGUCCCGUCGCGACGUGAUGGCGCGCGCGGUAGGCCAGGCGCUCUCUGCCUGUGCAGUCGCGACGGUACUCCGGUCCGGGCCCGGUAUCCCUCCCCUGGUCGCCGUGUCCAGCUGGGGCCCGGUACCCCGCUGCUGUGUUCAGCCUGUGGGGGAUUCGGGUGGUUUCAAAUCGUCAGGCAGGCUGGGGGUGCGUGUUUGCUCCUGCGUCUUUGUUCUCCGGGGUGCUCCUCAGGCGUACAGGCUCUACACAUUGCUUAUUUUGGAAGCCACACAAUCGCGCUGCGCUUCUUUCUGCUCCGCUGUCUCUUCGGACAGGUUGCUGUGGUGUACCGUGGUAAAAGGACAGGACAAUGUAUCACAGAACGGGUGGUAGCAAAUCACAGCAAAACAAACCUGCCCGUUAAAAUGGACUGCAAGAGCAGGCUGCAACCCUGUUCCAAAUGCACGAUGACUCCGCGGAGGAAGGUGGAUGUUUUAUUUUUUUUAACUGGCGUAGAUAUGACUAAACCCCAGGGCACUGGCUUCGCCUGACCCAGACCUGUCCCACGGCCUCUCUGCUAGUGGCCAGCGGGCGGGAAAGGGACAGACCACCGGGAAUCACCACUAGGAAACUUCCAGCCUGGAAAAGACAGGCUCUCCCUCCACCCUGCUCCCGGGGAGACGCCCUCAGUUAAGUCAGCCUGGUCACCGCUAAUCUGUACAAAAAAAAGUGUCUAAACACCUGGAACAAGAUUAUGAUCCACCCAUUAUUAUAGUUGUCAUUUUCCUGCCGGGAUUUUAGACCGGCGGAGAGGAAUGAUUCACCAAGGUUAUUUCCUGGUCAGCGCAGUCGUUUCUCUUUGCCAAGCAGGGCGGGGCGCUUUGUUUAAGGAUUGUAUUGGUAUUGACUCGAGGAUCACCAGCAAGGAAGAAGAAGAACCUCCAGCCCUUUCAGGCCUCGAGCCCCAAAAACUCCCUUCAUGAACGAGCUGGCACGAGCUCGGUUUCCCAGCUGCUCCCGCAGAGCACUGCAGCUCUGUGACUGCAGCCUCCAGCCCAGGGAGAAAAAGGUGCUGAGAUCAGGGAUCUUCCAGUGUUGCACCCGGCCCUGCUGGCAGAGAAGAGCACUGAUCGGGGGCUGGAAGGCGAGGCUCUGGUUGCAGGCUGUUCAUCUUUAUUGCAGCCGUGAAGACACAAUUUAUUACAUGAUUGUAGGCCAUUGUAACCGUGUCUGUGCUUAGCAAUUUCGGUACGCAAGUGCUUAUCAUGAUUAAAAAGUCCAAAAACGCA